AUGAGCCAACCACCGCUGGCCAGCUCGCAGCAACGUUCAGCUUCAGCUGGCAACUAUCCGUCUUCCUCUGCCACACCAUUCGUGUCUGCAUCUACCACAACCACACCACUGCUUGGUCAGAGCUCAGUCGGUGCAGGCAGUCCUGCCUCGAAUCUUUUUCCAUCCUCGCCCUACGCCGCUGCUUCUCCCGCAUCGAUAUCCUUUCAGCACAGCUCGCCGCUGGCCACAACAUCGGCAACACAAGCCACUUCGGCUUUUCGAAAACUCGUCUGGGAAGGAUCCAUUCCGAUCUGUGUGUCGAUAGAUCCAACGGAGCUGCCACCUGGAUCGGACUCCUCCAUCGAUUCGACAUACCUCGUCGUGCCCCGUAUCAGCUACUUGCCACUCAUUGUGGCCGACGUCAAGAAGAACUUGCUCGAUUUAGUUCUGGAACAGCCCGCACUCAACAUGCUCAACGAGAAGGAGCUCUGGUUCGAAUACGAAGGCCAGCCGCUGAGAUGGCAUUGGCAGAUCGGCCUGCUCUACGAUUACCACACCUCAAAUCCGGCUCCCAGUGCCAUCGCAUACCAAUCAACAGCGGUAACCUCCUCUGGACUGGGAUCGUUGCGUUCCGAUGUGCCUUCCCUCGCACAAGGCAGUCUGGAUGGAGGGGCUGUAUCUGCAGCGCAACCGUCGCGACUUCCUUGGAACAUUCGGCUGCGGUUGUCCAAACCACCCACAGAUCGACUUCACAGCAAUUCGGGUCUGGAAUCGUGCAAGACGUCGUUCAUGUCGAUGAUCAAGGAGGCCGACUUUGUGCGCUACGGAUCAACAAAGAAAGUGGUCAACCUGCGCAAGCAGGAGCAAGAUACGCUGUGGGAUGGCGUGGUUUCUCACGACUACGACGUGUUCUGGAGCAUUGCCAACAAGCUGGUCCCCAACGCCAGCGUCUCGAGUCUUGACGCCAGCCAUGGUGCUGCCGCACCACCGGCGGGAUGCUCUCCAAUUGCCUCGCGCACGCUGUCUCUUAAUCUCGGCGGCACACAGGAAGAACGUGCAGCUCCACCAGUCCAGCGUAGCUUGACGACGCAGCCCAACGAGUCGCAAGCCAGUCUCGCGCCUAGCACGGUUUCUACCAUCACCAGCACCACGUCUCCCGACCCGCCAUCGGCCGCCGGCGGCGCUGCAACGCCAAGCACAGGCAGCGCAGUGCGCAGCAUCCCGAUCCGAAUCUUUCUGCCAGACAACGCGCCUAUUGUCCAAGAACCAGUGCCGCCAACCUUGGAGGAUGGCAGAGCAAACACGCUGGGUGCAGUGCUGUCGGCGCUGUUCCCGUUGUUGUUUCCGCCACCGCCGAGCUUUAGCAGUUUCCAGGCGCAGGCAAGACCAUUGGCGUACGCGCUGGUACAGGGCGUGAGGAUGCCGCUCGAUGCAGAAAUCGCGUGGCUGGGGAGUGCUCUUGUGGGGCCUGAUGGCUGGGUUGCUGUGGUGAUUGGGUUGGUGGCAUGA